AACUGUCACAACAAAGAGACCAAAAAGACGAAAAAGUAGCGGAUCGAUUUGGCAAAAAUUGCAAUUUUUUUUUUACAAAAUUCCCUCGUGAAGAUCAACACAAAUCUUCAAAUUUCUGUGACCAUUUGAAGAAACGCACGUGUCACGAUGCCGAAAAAGAUGGGUAUCAACUCGAAGGCCGUCGAGGCCCGAGAGCGAAAGGCCGACGCAAAGAAGGUGGCCAACGAGAAGGCCUCAAAGGCAGCCGAGGAUGCCCUCUGGCAGGACGACGACAAACAGCUGGCCAAGAAAAAGAAACAAAAGGAAGAGGAAGAGCGCAAAAAGUUGGAGCAAGCCCGCAAAAAGGCGGAAGCCAAGGAACUGCUGGAGAAGGAAAUGAGCUCGAUCAAGGUCGCGCCGAAGGUUUCCGUCCAGAAGGUGACCCGUUCCCAGAUCGAGGCCGAAGUUGAGAAGCGAAACCGAGCCAUUGAAUCAGUCAACAACCCGCCUAAAGUCGUGCCGGCCAAGGUCGUUCCGCUGGAGGAGAACCUGAACCGGGUGAUGGCCGACACCGAGGUGGCCCAAACCAUUGACCAGGCGUUGGCCGUGCUGGCCGUGAAGGACGGCGGCGACGAUAAACAUCCGGAGAAGCGGAUGAAGGCGGCCUACAAGGCGUUCGAGGAGGAACAGCUGGCGAUACUGAAGCAGGAGCAUCCGUCGCUCAAAUUGUCCCAGCUCAAGCAGAUGAUCUUCAAGGACUGGCAAAAGUCGCCCCAGAAUCCGCUCAACCAGGCCAAGGCGUAGUAGGACUGAACUUAAGAGACCGGGAGAGCUCUUAAUUCUAAGGUAAGAACGUGGACGGAUCGCCCAUUAAUCGUGAAAUCAAAUUUCAAAAUAAACUAUCGUGUGUAAUGUGG